UUCCCCGUAACUUAGGCAAAUGCAUUGCUAACAGCGCUCGCUAGGUCCUCCGAGUGGGGUGUUUUGUCGACUUGUAUAUAACCUUAGCGAACCUCCUUGCACCAGCAGUGGUAACAGUGCAGUGCAGUGCUGUGUAACAUCUAAUAUGAAGGCCUUUAUCACAUUCCUGUUCGUGGCUGCCUCGGUUCUGGCAGAGCCUGAGCCGAGUAAAGUCGUACAGAAACGUAGCGGCCUCGUGGGCCACUACGGAGGGGCCGUCAUAGGCCAUGGCGUAGGCCUCGGCCACGGCGUAAGCCUCGGCCAUGGUAUUGGCAUCGGCCACGGCAUAGGCUACGGUGGAGGAUACAUCAGCGGCGGGUAUGGUGGACUAGGCGCAGUCGGCAGUGGAUUAGCCCUAUCAGCAGCUCCUGUGGGACUUGCAUCCGGUGUUGGCAUCGGUGGCGUUGGUACUAUCGUUGGCGCUGACGUCCACACCACUGUGACCAAGCACAUUGGCGUGCCCGUACCAGCGCCGUACCCAGUCGCCGUUGACAGACCGGUCCCCGUACCAGUGAAGGUGGCAGUGCCAGUACCAGUAGACAGGCCUUACGCCGUGCCAGUCCCGAGGCCCUACCCAGUGGCAGUGGAGAAGCACGUCGCGGUGCCAGUGGACAGGCCUGUGCCAGUGCCAGUCCCUCAUGCUGUGCCCUACCCUGUUGUCAAACAGGUCGGCAUUCCGGUACCAGCACCCUACCCAGUACCAGUAGCCAGACCAGUUGCCGUGCCAGUCGCACAACCAGUCCCAGUCGGUAUCGUCAAAUCUAUUGUCAGCCCGGGAAUAUCAUCAGGUAUCAUCGGAUCAGGGUACCACGGCUCAGGGUACAUUGGCGGUGGAUACGGCAGCGGAUACGGCGGUGGAUUUGGUGGACACCUCCACUCUAAAAUCUGGUAAUCGAUUGAGUAGAUCAAGGCAUUAGAGGCUAGGAUGGUAAGAUUUUGUAUUAAGCCUGACCACUUGUCGUUUUUCCGUGAUUUUUUUCAAUUAACAGUUUCCAUUAUGGCACCAACAACUAUGACAGACUAUAGAGAAAUUGUUAGAUAAAGACAGCCUAAAUUAUUUAUUUUUAUAAAAAAAAGUCAGCCAUUUGUCAAGUAUUUUAAGUACUUUCUACACUUUUAUUAAGUAUGCCGUAGAGUCUAUAAAAGACUGAUUUUUAUAGAGAAAGUAUCUAUUAUCUAUUUCGAAUAUUAUUUAUCAACCAACGAAAAACAGAGAGAAAGUUAACAAUUCGACGUGUACAUUUUAUGUAUGAACACAUGUAACUUUUUACUGAAUAAUCCGAUUUUGAUGGUUUUUUUCGUGAUAAGUAAUAAUUGAUUUUUGAAAAAUACGUCAUAAUUGAACGACAUCUUGUGUUAGGGUUAAUAUAGUCAUGAUUGGUGUAAUGUGAUCUAGUGUAAAUUAGUUGUAGUGUGUGUGUAUUGUCGUGUUUGAAGCCUAAGUCUUAAGAGGAUGGGAUGUGCAAUGAAGUAGAGCCUUUUUUAACCGACUACCAAAAAGUAGGAGGUUCGGCUGUAUGUAUUUUUUUUAUCUAAUGAAUUUUAAUGAAAAUCGUUAUUUUAUGUAUGGCUAUGACUAACUCAUAUAAACAGUAGUACUCGUAUCGAAUUGAUCGGAAAAACAAAAAUUCCAAAGAUCGAAAAAAUAUUAAAUGGUGGUUCUAACACAAAGAAUAUUUUUCCAAAAGCUAAAAUAUUAGAUUCUAUAAAUCAAAAAUUAUUUGUUGUUGCUUGAAUUAUUUACCAUAAACGGCCGUUUGUACCACCUUCUGAAAAAUGUCGGAAAAUCUGACGGAAAGUUUUGUCACUUUCAUACUAUAUGUCAAAUGACAAGGACAAAACUAUUGACCAAGCUAUUCGACACUUUUGAGAAGAUGGUGAAACCAAGCCCCUAAUUUCUUUUAUAUACAGAGGCACAAUUAUCUGCCCACUUUAAUAUGACGCGAGUAUAUUAAAGUGUGCGGAUAAUUGUGCCUCUGAGUAUAGUUUAGAUGAUCUCCUCAAAAUGGCUAUAAACAAGGCUUCAAAUGUAUGUACCUGGCUUGUUUACUGUUGUAUAUAGAAUUUUUCCUUAAUUAGUACGUAAGUUUUUAUAAAAGAAGUUUAUUUCGUCUGCAGUCGACUAAAAACUAUUGAUAAAGGGACCUUUAUUUUCUAAUAAAAUGUACUUAUGAAACUAUAA